UAGGAUUAGGAUCCUUUCACAGCGGCGCUCUUUACUGCCCCGAAGUAGGAUCACCCGUCGUAAUUGUAGGCGCGAGGGCGAACCUCUCUACCUCGGCUCAUCGUCGAUGCUGUACACAUGUAGCAUGCAUCAUGCAUGUAUAUAUACAUGAUGGACACCUACACGUGAAAAUCGAAGAAGGGUCUGGCAAAAAACGAAGAGGGCACAAAUUGGGAGAAAAAGUAAAAGAUGGGCUGGAUUUUGAUGAGUUUUGGUGUCGCCCUGGCCGUUUUUAUCGCCGCAGGAAUUGUCUUGGUGCUUUUUAAAAGAUAUCGCGUCGGUUGGCAAUGGAGCGCUAGAAACGUGUGGAGCAUCUGCGAAGAGUGGAGACAAAGGUUAUCCUGGCUUUGGGCUCCGAGGGAGGAAAAGGUGGGACUCGUCAAGGCUCAGCAUCCGACAGGACAAACUAUUCCCGGUUUAUAUCGGCAGGCCGGAAGCACGUCACACCACAUCCUCCACAGCGAGAGCGAUUUGAGAUUGGACGCGCAAGGAGCUUUCACGAGAUUCGAAUCGGUGGACAGAGAUCUGCAUCCCCCGAUCGGAGGGACGUCGAUACCUCCGCAGCCCCUGAGACCGGCACCACAACCAAAGCCGAUUGCUCGGCCAAGACCAUCACCUCUGCAAGCACCAACAGCCAGCGAAAGUCUGCGGCUGCAGGACAUCGGUCCAGCGCCGUUAACACCCCCGCCGCAAGGGUUGACAGCCGUUGGUAACGGUCUCCAGCAUCGGGGACAAAGCGCGUUUAUAUUUCCAAGCGAACCGAAGCCGGGAUACAAUAAGUACGAAGUUAAGCAGUUGACGAAGCACAGCAGUGAAAGUUCCCAGACAAACUCGUUCGGGGUUUUCGGAGGCGGGGGUUUUGAAAAUUCGGGGGUAGGUCAGAGCCAGGAUUACGUGUUUCCGAGCGGCGGUUACGACGGUUUGAAGAUGAAAUCCGAUCACGAAAGUUUCUCGGGAACCGGAAGCUUCCAGCAGUUCGGAUCAGCGGGUGAGCAGCGAGGCGUGAGGUACCCGGCAUUACCUGCAACGGAAGAGGAAACCGAGCCUUUUGGGAACCGCGAAUCGAGCCAGAGAACCCUCGGAUCGAUUUACAAUCCGAGACACGCGCGAACCGAGUUGAGAUCUUCGCUGAGUGGCUACACCGGCGGCUCGUCAACGGCCCAAACAAUUAUGGAGUCGAUUUAUGGGCCCCAGGCGGCCUCGAAGAUGCUUCAAAACAGCCAGAACGGGACCGAAACGAGCUGCUGCAGCAUCAGCCAGGGUGGCGGCUCGUCGCAGAAUCAAAGCGUGAUUGAAAUGACGCCGUUCAGAGCGCAACUACAAAACGUACCUGAGGGAGAAGCCGGGACCUCCCAUACACUAGGACAGAAUACAAUGGCCAAGUCUCCAGGGUUUCAGAACGUCUCGCAGAUGAUACAGACCAAACAACCGGCGAUAUAUUCGUUUUAUGCCGGCCAAAAUAGCCAGACGACAGCACAGGAUCAUAAAACGAUUUCCCAGAGUACUUCCAAGGGGAGAGGACUGCAGGACAAUGCCUCUGUUUCCUCGCUCCUGUCCGACCCCCCGCAUCCCGGUCCAGUUCCACCCCCUGCCCCUCCUGACCCCCCUAACGGUGGAAAUUCAACGUUGAGAAAAAACGGGCCAACAACCGGCGAACGUAUUUUCAACGCCCUCAGAUCCGUCACGUCGCAAAGUUACAUUGACGCCUCGGAGUUUUAUAACUCGGUACUAUCCUCCGCUCAGCAAGUCCAGAGGUUCACGUUUCCACCCUCAGAAUCAUUGGAAGACGGUACACCAAGUCACCGGACACCAAACGAUGCUCAAGGGUUUUACGUAGAGCCGGAAAUACCGAAAUUAACGAAGACGGGUCGAGGCUCGGACCUUUAUAGCCCUGAGCUUAAUUUGGAGGCUCACAGAACGGCGCAGGAGGUGUACAACAGUCUUCAGGAUCCCCCUGCGUCGCCAUUACUGUUAAAGGACCUCAGCCAGGAACCUCAUCCUUAUCUUUCGGAUCCCAGCUUCACAAGGACAUCGGAGGAUAUUUUCAACAGCCUUGAACAGAGGAGAAAAAGCAUGGAGAGACUAAACGGUUUCCAAGAUUAUACCGAAGUGGAAACAACAGACCCCCCAAGAAGACGGAGUAAUCAGGAUCUCUGUACCGCUUUGGAAGAGGUUCAAAUGAAACGAAAGCUCUCCCAGUCCGCCGAAGAUUCUUACCCGGGAUUUGGGGUUGGAGAGAUCGUCGAAGCGUUGCCGGACAGUCGGCGAGGAUCUCAGGGACCCGAGCCUGAACCACCACCCGACGAAUCAACCCUGAAAAGAGCUGUGAGUUGCGACAGCGUCUGCUCGGACACCAGUGUGGUCCUUGGUGAUCUGGAGGAGACUCCAAUCGUCGGACAUCUCUGCGUUGGUCUCGAGUACGAGCGAUGGGGUGGACGAGGUGGCGAAGGAGAUCUCACGGUGAGCGUCCUCGAGGCCAGGGACUUGAUCACCUCGGAUGGAAGACCCGCCCAGAACACCUUUGUCAGAGUUUGUCUUCUUCCGGACAGACAAACGCACGUGCAAACAAGAUUAUACCGAAGCUCGCCGUCGCCGAGUUACCAGGAAAAGUUCCUCUUCCCUUUGGACGGUGGUCCCGUGGGACGUUCUCUGCUGGUUGAAGUCUUCUCAGUUGACAUUAGCAUGGGGGGUGGCGCCUCGCUCCUGGCCGAAGCCAGUUUGAAGUUAGGUCCUGCACCACGACCCCCAGCAACUACCUGGCUGCCUCUGAUCGGCACCGCCUUGCCGAUACCUCAUCUCGGGGAAUUGAUGUUCUCUUUGAGUUACCUGCCUACGGCCGAGAGGCUGACUCUGGUGGUUGUAAAGGCCAGGAAUCUACGAGGUGGAAAUCCAUUACCCGGAGACACGUUCGUCAAGGUAUACUUGCUGCAACAUGGUAAGAAGAUGCACAAGAAAAGAACGUCCGUGAAGAAGGGUGAGAAGAGUCCGAUUUUCAAUGAGGCAAUCAUCUUCAAUGUACCCGCUCAUGCGUUACAGAGUAUUCAAUUGAGGCUAACCGUCGCUGAGGCCGGGGAACCAAGGGCUUAUUCUGUGGGACACGUAAUCGUUGGUGGAGAUGCUUCUGGACGAGCAUUGGCGCAUUGGAGGCAAAUGCUGACUGCCCUGAGGCGUCCCGUGGCGAUGUGGCAUCCCCUUAGGAAGUGAAAUUGACAAGAGACAAAACAU